GUCUGUAUUCAAAACAAACUGAAAAGGCUUGUAAUUAUGCCCUCACUCUCAUUAUCUCUGUUUCUUCUGCUGCACGACUGAGAGGUGAAGAGAGAGGAGGAUCAGAGGUUGAGGAGUCUUUUUCUUUUUUCUUUUUUUUUCUUUCCUUAAGAUUAGAGAAGGUAGAGGAGAGAGAGAGGAAGGCAAAGAGGGGAGGGAGAGAUAAACAGAGGCAGAUUAAGGCGGUAAACACGUCACAUCCCAGAGCCAGUUCUCCUCUAAACACACCAGGCAUAGAUCAGCAUCAACACAGACAGGACAAACUACAGCGAGUAGAAAACACUGUGGUUGUCAGUCUGGAACUACUGGAGGGAAGAUAACACUGUCAAGAAAAAAAAAAGCAGAUUAUUUGUGAGAUUAAGAAUAUUUUGAGAAGAAGAAGCGUGCAAACUGCAGCCAUGGAAGUUUCCCACAGCUUCUCUUGUCUUUGCAGCAAGAUGAAACUACAGGACCCAAGCAGGAGCCGAGUCCUCCACACUAGAUCCACCUCAAGACCCCACGGGCCUCUCCUCCACCCCAGGACCCUGCUCCUGCUGCCCCUGCUGCUCCUCCUCUGUCUGUCCUUGUGGAGCCAGCAGGCCGAGGCCCUGGUCCAUUCUAGCUUCAGACGGCUCAGCGGCCGCGAGAAGAAGGAGAUGCAGAAGGAGAUCCUGUCCAUCUUGGGCCUGCCGGGGCGACCCAGACCCCACCCGCCACUGAGGCCGCCCUCCUCCGCACCACUCUUCAUGCUGGACCUGUACCACGCCAUGUCCGCUGACGGGGGGGAGGAGGAAGGGAAUGAGAUCAUCGUAAACGGACCGGGGAUGGGGAAGUUUGGAGGGGCAGAGAGGUUGGCUCAGGUCAGCCACGCGGUCCUGCCCACGCUCAGCACGCACACGCCGCCGCUGGGCACGGUGGUCAGCGAGGCCGACACAGUGAUGAGCUUCGUCAACCUGGUGGAGCAGGAGCGUGACCUCCUGCAGCCUCGUCCAUACUGGAAGGAGUUUCGUUUCGAUCUGACGCCCCUCCCUCAAGGGGAGACGGUGACAGCGGCAGAGUUUCGUAUCUACAAGACACUGACGAUGGGCCAGAGGGCAAACCGAACGCUGCACAUCUCCGUCUACGAGAUCCAGCGAGAGAGCAGACACAGAGAACCAGAGCUGGUGCUGCUAGACAUGCAGUCAGUGCCUGCAGGACAGGAGGGCUGGCUUGCCUUCGACGUCACCUCGGCCUCCAACCAUUGGCUCCUCCACCCCCGCAGCAACCUGGGCAUACGUCUCUAUGUUGAGACAGAGGAGGACCGUUCCCUGUCUGCAGGCUGGAUCGGGUUGGUGGGACGCAGGGGCCCUCGCUCCAAACAGCCCUUCAUGGUGACCUUCUUCAGGGAGAGUCAGGUCCCAUGCCGGCCGCCACGAGCUGUCAAGCCACAUCCCCGCAAGAAGAAACCCAAAUACGACCUCCCAGUCCCCAGCAUCCAUAAUCGCAGUCCUGUAAACAGCGGCGGUCAGCCCUGUAAAAAACAUGAACUCUACGUCAGCUUCAGUGACCUUGGAUGGAAGGACUGGGUUUUGGCCCCGACGGGAUAUUCAGCUUACUACUGUGAUGGAGAGUGUUUUUAUCCUCUGGGCUCCUGCAUGAACGCCACAAACCACGCCCUAAUCCAGCAAGUGGUCCACCUCCUGAAGCCCGACGAGGUUCCUAAGGCAUGUUGCGCCCCUACCAAGCUCAGCCCCAUCUCUGUCCUGUUCUACGACGACAACAACAACGUCAUCCUCAAAAAACACCGUAACAUGGUGGUUAAGACAUGUGGGUGUCUAUAAGGGGCCAAAAAGGUUCCACUUCGGCACUGAAGAGUCCAGUCCUAAACCAAACAAAAUGUACAUGGAUGUUUUUUUUUUUACACAGACAUUACCUCUGCUAACGUAAAAGGUUUCUGCUUACAAGUUGAAUGACAAAGGCAGCAAAUAUCUACAUUUUACAGGCUUGUGAUUAUGUGUUUGAGUUCUGAUUUAAGAGCAAAAGAGUCUUUAAUCAACUUUUCAAAUUCAAAGUUCACUGAUCAAAUCAAAUCAGCAACUUUGAUCCAACAUUUUCUUUUAAAAUUGUACUUAUUUAAUUGUAUGUACUUAUUUAAUUACCUUUCACCAAACUAGAAGUUUAU